AUGGAUUGUAAUACAAGGGGAACGACAGAAAACAAGAACUUGGACCUUGAGAGUUCCACGUCAGGUAAUUUAAAAUCCAUCCACAAUGAGGUUCAUUCGAGAAAACACUCAAGGAAGGGGGAAAUUCCAAUUCGCCUCCCAUCAAUGGUGGGGAAUCCUCCAGAUUCUGGUAAUAGUAAAUCUUGGGUCUGCAUGAAUUCAGCUUGCAAAGCUGUCCUUUCUUCAGAGGAUACGUUCUGUAAGAGGUGUUCCUGUUGCAUUUGUCACCUAUUUGAUGACAACAAGGAUCCCACUCUAUGGUUGGUUUGCGGAUCCGACUCCAGUGAUCUUGAUUCUUGUGGGUUAUCAUGUCAUGUAGAAUGUGCCAUUCAACAUCAAAAAGCAGGUGUUGUGAACCUUGGAGAAUCACUGCAGCUUGAUGGGAGUUAUUGCUGUGCUUCUUGUGGCAAGGUUUCUGGUAUAUUUGGGUAAGUUCUUCUAUCUCUUUGUCCAAAUGUUUGUGAUAUUCCUUCAUAGAUUAUUUUCCACUUGAUGAUCAUUCUCUGGCAUAAAAAUGACGUACCAAGUAAGAUUACUGCAGCACUAUUGAACAUAUGCAUGACUGAACUGAACCGGAGUUCAGCUGAUGGACAAUUCUCUAACUCACGGUAAUGCUUUUUCCCAAAGCAAAUCUCGGUACAUGGUUUCCCACCAUCAGGUUUUGUGCAAAAUGAGGUUGCCCAGACUCCAGCCUACCUUUUUCGUGGUGUCUCCUUCGUAUGUUUUCAUAGUGUCACCUAUGCAGCACCUAGUAGAAAGGGAACAAAAAGGGAAAUGUCAUUCUGGUGCCUUGGCAAGCAGCUCUUAUAUGUGCUCACUUGGUAAUCAUAGUAUGUUGUACGUUUGUUUGUUGCCUGUCAUCUUGUAGAUAUUCCUCAAGUAUUCUUAUGGCCUUGAAAAAUUGUUAUGACAAACAAAAGAUAUGAGCAGAUACUUAACCAUCUAGACAUUUGAAAGCAGGUUAAAGCUUGCAUAUUAAAUUGUAAUAUGCUGUAUCCUACCAUUGAGUUCAACAAUCUAAAAUGAUCACAUUCAAUUAUUUAUAUUUCAUUGCCUCCAAUGAUAUGCAGACUUAGGUUAAGUGGAUAUUACAGAUGAUACACUCAGACUUUAAUAAAUGAACGAAAAGUUUCUCUCUUAGUAAACUGAUCAGUUAAUACUUGGCACGAAGGACUAUUUCUUAUAUUGAUAGUGAAGUGAUUAGUUGCCUUUUGAUGGUUCGGGAAAAUAUUUAGCUUAAGAGAUGUGGAUUUUAUAUGGUUUUAGUAGGUAAGUUAAACUUUUCUAGGUGAUCUGACCAAUCACCAUUCACAAAUUCACAGGUUCUGGAGGAAACAACUUGCAAUAGCAAAAGAUGCACGGCGUGUAGAUAUUCUUUGCUACCGUAUAUCUUUGAGUUACAGGCUGUUAGAGGGCACUUCCCAUUUCAAGAUCAUGCAUGAAGUGGUGAGUGAGGCGAAGGCAAAGCUUGAGACUGAAGUGGGUCCGGUGAGUGGAGUUUCUGCCAAAAUGGCUCGGGGCAUUGUGAGCAGGCUUUCUGUUGCUGGUGAUGUGCAGAAACUUUGUUCUCUUGCGAUUGAGAAGGCAGAUCAAUGGCUGAGCUCAAUUGCAGAUGCAAAUCCAAAUGGCCGAAGUGUGUGCUGUAAUGAUCACUUGUUGAAAUUGUUCCACUUAGAAUUCCAAGUAGGUAUUCCAUAUAAAUCCUUUUUCUUUUUUUGGUUUUAUCGCAGGGGAUUUUCUUCCUGCUGCAUGCAGAUUCCAUUUUGAGGACAUCACAUCAUCUACGAUCGUGAUUGUGCUGAAGGAGACAAGUUCAUUGGAAGGCAAUGUUAUCGAGGGCUAUAAGCUGUGGUACUGCAACAGUAGAGAGCAAGAAACAGAGAAGAUGCCUGUUAUUUUCCCAAAAAAUCAAAGAAGGAUUCUCAUAUCUAAUCUGCAACCGUGCACAGAAUAUACAUUCAGGAUAAUCUCAUUUACAGAGUCAGGUGAUUUGGGCCAUUCUGAAUCCAAAUGCUUUACAAGAAGCGUUGAGAUAAUCCAGAAAAUAUCUGAGAAGUCACGGGCUCAAGCUGGUUCAUCCAGUGCGAGGAGAGAGACCAAGGUUCCAGCAACAGGAUCUUCUGGCUUUAAGGUGCGAAACCUUGGGAAAAUAUUGCGCUUGGCCUGGGCCCACGAACAUGGUGGCCUUGAAGGAUUUCGCGGUGACUCUGCCGAGGGAGAGUCCUGCAGGCAUAGUGGUGGAGAAGAACCAGAGGGUUCUGUGCAGGAGCAUCGUCGUCACCCUUCAGUUUCCUGCGGUCUCAACCUGAACAUGCUUUCAGCCCUUGGGAUGAACCCGGAGUUUCUGGCAUCAAUCGGCUGUUCUGAUAGUGAUGCUUAUGAUAAGAAUGGGUCUACGGGAUCCGACACAUGUGAGGAUUCUCAAACUUGGACCGUCAGGGAGUGUGGGGAGAUACCUGCAGUAGAAUCUAAACCAGAUAUCUGCAGGAAACGAACAGGUGUUGCGGAUGAAGAAAUGUACGACGGUGACAGCACCCUGGUUAAUGCUUCACCUCCCAGACUCUCCAAUGGGUGCUCUGGGAGACUUGACGACCACUACGAGUACUGUGUGAAGAUCCUGAGGUGGCUGGAGUGCGAGGGGCACAUUGGAAGGGACUUCCGCAUGAAGUUUCUUACUUGGUUCAGCCUGAGAUCAACGGAGCAGGAGCGUCGGGUGGUGCACACUUACAUCGACACGCUUGUGGACGACCCUGGUUCUUUGGCAGGGCAGCUCGUGGAUUCCUUUUCGGGAAUUGUAACCUGCAAACGGCUGCGGAAUGGUUCUUGCGGCGAGCUGUGCGCUGCUGACUUCUAA